UGUCCUUAAUAGACUCCAGGAGUCCUCAGUCAGACUUUUCUUCUGCAGAGGACCUCUGGGAAAGCCUGGAAAAAGCAAGUGGUAAACCUAUUGCUGCUGUGAUGAAUACAUGGACCAAACAAAUGGGAUUUCCGCUCAUUUAUGUGGAAGCUGAACAGCAAGAAGAUGACAAAGUGUUGAAGUUAGUCCAGAAGAAAUUCUGUGCCAGUGGACCAUAUACUGGGGAGGAUUUCCCCAUGUGGAUGGUCCCCAUAAGUAUUUGUACGAGUGAUGACCCCACCUGUGCUAAAAUGCAAAUAUUGAUGGACAAACCAGAGCUCACCUUGGUUUUGAAAGACAUCAAACCAGACCAGUGGGUGAAGUUAAAUCUGGGAACAGUAGGGUUUUACCGUACUCAGUACAGCCCUGACAUGCUGGAGAGUUUAAUACCAGCGAUCAAAGACCUCUCCCUACCCCCUGUGGACAGGCUUGGCCUGCAGAACGAUCUUUUCUCUCUGGCCCGAGCUGGAAUCAUUAGCACUGUAGAGGUUCUGAAAGUCAUGGAAGCUUUUGUGAAUGAGCCCAAUUACACUGUGUGGAGCGACCUCAGCUGCAACCUGGGGAUCCUCUCAACGCUCUUGUCCCACACAGACUUCUAUGAGGAAAUCCAGGUGUUCGUGAAAGAUGUCUUUUCACCAAUAGGGGAGAGACUGGGAUGGGACCCCAAACCUGGAGAGGGUCAUCUAGAUGCCCUUCUGAGGGGUCUGGUCUUGGGCAAACUAGGAAAAGCUGGGCACAAGGCAACAUUAGAAGAAGCCCGACGCCGAUUUAAGGACCACGUGGAAGGAAAGCAUGUGCUGUCAGCCGAUCUGAGGAGUCCUGUAUAUGUAACUAUUUUGAAGCACGGAGAUAGUACUACUUUAGACACUAUGCUGAAGCUUCACAAGCAAGCAGACAUGCAGGAGGAGAAGAACCGAAUUGAGCGCGUUCUCGGAGCCAUCUCUCAACCAGAACUGAUUCAAAAAGUUCUCACCUUUGCACUUUCAGAAGAGGUACGUCCCCAGGACACGGUAUCUGUUAUUGGUGGAGUUGCUGGAGGCAGCAAGCAGGGAAGGAAAGCUGCUUGGAAAUUUGUAAGGGACAACUGGGAGGAACUUUAUAAUCGAUACCAAGGUGGAUUCUUAAUAUCCCGACUAAUAAAGCUAACAGUGGAUGGAUUUGCAAAUGAUAAAAUGGCUGCAGAAGUUAAGGCCUUCUUUGAGAGUCACCCAGCUCCAUCGGCAGAACGCACUGUCCAGCAGUGCUGUGAAAAUUUGGCUUGGCUGAAGCGGGACGCCGAGAACAUCCACCAAUAUUUCCUGCAGCGCAAGGCCCCGCCAGCCAUGGUGUGAAUCUGUGCAUGCCACUGCUGCAGUCCUGCUGCCGCCUCAUGGGGAGAGGGAGGAGCUACCCAACAGCUGAUUCAUAUGCCAAGAAUUUGGAGUCUUUUUCUCAAACCAAUGGGGAUUGGACAAUGAAUGUAGUUAACUGGUUCCUGCUCACACUCCAGAUUGAAAUUCUAUUAAAAUUAUCAACAAUUCAGCAAAAAAAAAAAAAAGAAAAAAGAAAAAAGAGAGAAAAAUCUGUAAAUAUGAUAGUAAUAAAAUAGAGCAUAACAAAACUGUGAAACUUCCUCAAGCCUUGUCAGUGGUUAAAAUAUUUAACACCCCCCCUCCUGACACUCUUAUUGACA